UGGCGCUGAGAGCCAGGCCGGAAAAGUGCCCAGGCUGGGCCAGGUUUCCGCACCCCGACCGCUGUCUCCUCCCUGCGCCUCGGAGGCCCGCCCCUUCUUCCCAACCCACCGCUCUCUGGCUCUGGGUCGACCUCGGGAGCCGCAGCGCACCCCGGCCAGGCUGCGCGGCGCCCCUCCCUCGCCUCGCCUCUCGGCAGCGCCUCAGCCACCGCAGCGGGCCCAACGCAGAGGCGAGCAGGACGGGAGCUGGUGCUGGCUGGGUAGCCGUCACCCGGGAAGGCCUCGGGCAGAGAGGGACCGGAGCGGAGACCCGGCCAAGCGCGGGGACAUGGUGACGGGAUGGCCCGCAUCGCAGACGCCUUCCCUCUGCACCUGCUCGUCUGGCACAACCGGCACCAGGCGCUGGACAGCGAGCUGCGCAAGGGACAGCAUGAUAUUGAAAUGCUUGACCCACGUGGCCGGACACCUCUGGAAUUGGCAGUGUCCCUCGGAAACUUGGAAUCUGCCCGUGUGCUGCUGCGACACAAUGCCAGUGUGGGUCAGGAGAAUGCCAGUGGCUGGACAGUCCUUCAAGAGGCUGUAAGCACUGGAGAUCCAGAGAUGGUACAGUUGGUACUCCAAUAUCGUGAUUACCAGCGUGCCACACGGCGACUGGCUGGCAUUCCAGAAUUACUCAACAAACUACGUAGAGCCCCUGACUUCUAUGUGGAAAUGAAGUGGGAGUUUACCAGCUGGGUGCCUCUUGUCUCCAAGAUAUGUCCAAGUGAUGUGUAUCGCGUAUGGAAGCGGGGUGAAAACCUGCGGGUGGACACUACCUUACUGGGCUUUGAGCAUAUGACCUGGCAGCGGGGCCGGCGCAGCUACAUCUUUAAAGGCGAAGAUGAGAAUGCUGUGGUAAUGGAAGUUGACCAUGACAAGCAGGUUGUGUACACUGAGACAUUGUCACUAGCCUUGCAUGAGCCCGAGCUGAUGCUGGCUGCCAUGCAGCCUUCGGAGGAACAUGUUGCCAGCCGCCUCACGUCUCCUAUUGUCUCCACCCACCUUGAUACCAAGAAUAUUGCCUUCGAGCGGAACAAGUCUGGCAUCUGGGGCUGGCGCUCGGAGAAAAUGGAAGUAAUCAGUGGUUACGAAGCCAAGGUUUACAGUGCCAGCAAUGUGGAGCUUAUUACCAAAACACGUACUGAGCACCUGUCUGACCAGGACAAAACACGCAACAAAGGCUCCAAGACUCCAUUCCAGUCCUUCCUAGGAAUCGCCCAGCAGCAUGCUGCCCAGAAUGGGGCCCCUGUGCUGCAGUCAGCCAGUCCCACAAACCCAACAUCUAUUACCCCUGAGGAAUACUUUGACCCCAACUUCAACUUGGAAUCCCGUAAUAUUGGCCGCCCUGUUGAGAUGUCCAACAAAGUUCAGAGGUUCAAGGCCACUCUGUGGCUCUGUGAGGACCAUCCCCUCUCCCUGGUGGAGCAGGUGACACCUAUCAUUGAUCUGAUGGCGAUCAGCAAUGCUCACUUUGCCAAGUUACGUGAUUUCAUCACCCUCAAGUUACCUCCUGGCUUCCCAGUUAAAAUCGAGAUCCCUCUCUUCCAUGUGCUCAAUGCCCGGAUCACUUUCAGUAAUUUGUGUGGCAGUGAUGAGCCACUAAGCUCAGUGCGGAUCUGUACUCCUACCCAGUCUCCUGGCAGCAGCGAGGAACCAAGUGCUGGGGCAGAGGCAGCCAGCAAUACUAAAGUGUACCCUUUCCCCUGUGAGGUGGAUCCAUCUGUAUUUGAGGUGCCCCAAGGCUACACAAUGUUGGGUGCGGGCCGUACAGAGCCCAUGAGGGAUGAGGACGAUGACCUACUCCAAUUUGCCAUUCAACAGAGUCUCCUGGAUGCUGGCACAGAGACAGAUCAGGUUACCAUCUGGGAAGCUCUGACCAACACACGACCAGCAUCCAAUCCACCAACCUAUGAUGAGGAACUACAAUUGGAACGGGCCAUCCAAGAAAGCAUGUUCCUUCAGUCAGGGCCAGGCCUAGGCCCUGUGGAGUCUGGAGGUGGCAAUGACGUGCCUGCUCCUGAGGGCAACCCAGCACUCAGCACCAAUGGAAGCGGUUCCUCAGCCUUGCCUCCACCUUACCCCAGCUUUGAUGAGCAGCUGCGUUUGGCCAUGGAGCUGUCAUCCAGGGAGCAGGAAGAACGGGAGCGCCAAUGCCGUGAAGAAGAUGAGGAGCUGCAACGCAUCCUCCAGCUCUCUCUGACAGAGAAGUAGCAUCCCAGCCUGCUAGCAAAGGGUCCCUCAGCCUUGCUCAAGCCUCACACCCACCCAGCCUAAUUCUCCUUGCUGCCACUGUAUUUUGGGUUGGGUUGGGUUUCCAUGCUUUGCCCCCUUUCCUGUUGGGGUCAGGCUGGAGAUGAGAAGACAGAACCUUCUGCAUUUCCUGUGGUUCACCUGGUUCCGUCCUUUAAUAUUAUUUCUUGUAAUUUUUUUUAACCGCUUUAUCCUUCAUGGAGGAAUUGUUUUCUACAGCACAGAGAAGGAGAGUAAGACAAAAGGGGCAGCAACUGAUAGGAAAGAAUGGAAAAUAAUCAAAGAAGAUGUUUCUCUUUUUCAGAUGGGCUUGUCGGCUUUUCUGAGGUUGCUAGAAGUGUGCUGUUGCAGCUUCUGUCUUUGCAUGGGUUUUGGCCUCUUGGGGAUUCGGGCAACGGAGGGGGUGGGAACCAGGAGCUCAAUGCAUUGAUAUUUGCAGCAAGACUGAAAUCAAGACUGCAGCUUGAUAAAUAAUAUUCAUUCCUGUCUUUUUUUCUCCCCUUCCUCAUCAUGAGCUGCUGCUCUCCCCUCCUCCGGUGUUUAAUUUAUUUUAUUUAUAUCUUUGAAGAUAUAUACUAGAAAGGGAACGGAGGUGUGUGCUUUUUUAAAAUCUGAACCCAGUGGGUCUAAAGGGAAGAGCUGGGUCCACUCUUGAGCAGUUUUCUCCUGUUGUCUGGGGACCAGGCACAGGGAGCUCUGGGCAGCAGGAAUACUAAAUAAAAAAAAAACAUGAAACCAGCAUCUGCUUUUGGUAGCGUUCUUCAGUUUCAACUAUCUUUAACACAGUUUGUGUGGCUCUCAUACAAAGGCAAAGUGAGGCUCCAUUCUUGGUACUUGUGAUCAUAUUUAAAUUACUGAACAAGCUGAUUUGUUUAC